AAAUGUUUGAAAAUGGAAUAACUAUCUUUUAUUGAGUUUGAGAUCUAAUAGUUAACUGAUAAUUGCUUCCAACUCAAAAUGCUUAAUAAAUUUCUCAUAUUUCUCAAUUGUUUUAAUUUCCUAGUUUUUUUGGUUAAUUGUAAUCAAUAUCAUUAUCAAAACGUUUCAAGAAAUGAUUUGAAUUUGUUUAUCACUGAAGAAAGAGAAGUUUCCUACAAUCGAAUUUUAAGACAAUUUGAUAAAACUAAUUUUGAUAUUUUUUCAAAUUCCAAUCCUUUGCAGCCUAACUAUUAUCAUGUAGUUAGACAAAAUUCUAUUACUAUAUUGUCAUUGAUUGAUAUUUUAAAGGAUUCGGAUUUUUCCCCAAAUUACAGAGAAUUGAUUAUCGUUAUCGAGCAAUUUAUUGAUAAUUUCUAUCAAGAAAAAACCAACCAGUCAAACGAAAAGGAUUAUGAAGAAAUUUAUGACGGGAAAUCCAAAAAUUCUAGAUUAAAAAAUUUUAAAUAUUGUUUAGAUAAAAAAAAUCCAUUAACCGAUAGUAUAGCUCUCAAAUCUAUUUCGAUCAUUAAAUAUCUUAAUUUACUUAAAAAGUAUAACAACGGUCUAAUAAUCAACGACAAUUUGGCUCAUAUGCCCAGCAAUACAACGGUUUCUGAUAUUUAUUUUACUGUUGUUAAACCUGAUUUGCAAUAUAUUUUAGAUAAAUGGGAGGAUUUAUCUUAUGGACUUUGGGAUAAUGUAAAGGGAUUUCAUUUAUUCACUUCUUUGAUUCAGUUGAAAUCUUUGGUUAUUGGUGGUGAAUUUUCUCGUGGUUUAAACUUUGAAAAAGAUUUCACAAUUAGUUUAUUUAGUAAUGCAGAUUGUUUAAAAGAAUUUAUUGUGCAUGAAAGUGGUUAUAUUCAAACAAAUUCAACCUAUCUUAUAGAGAGUCCCUUACAGUCUGAAAAACAUAGAAACCCUACUGAUAGUUCCAUAAUUAUUGCUUCUUUAUUAUCUCAUGAUUACGAGGGAUACGAAAAUAAUAUUGGGAUAAAUAUCAAUGAUAAAGAUAAUGAAAAUGAAAAUGAAAAUAAUCUAAGUGAAAACUCAUAUAUCGACAAUUUAAUUCCUUUUAACGCAACUGAUCAUUUGUUGUUAAAUACUGCUUUUAGGUUGGUUGACGAUUUUAAAUCUCUCUAUAAGAUUAAUGAUAUUCUUCAUUCUGGUAUUGCUAUUGGACGAGACACAAAAGAAAGAGUUUUUAAUCCUGCAUUCAUAUCCACUUCUUAUUUUAGUGAAGUAUUUUAUAAGUAUAUUUUUAUUACUUUGAAACACAAGCAAGAUAUAAAAAUCUGCAAAAAUUAUAAAUCUUUAUUUGAAAAGUAUAUAACUAAAAACUAUUUUCAAAUUGAUGGAAAUGAUAUAAAAAAUUUAGACCAAAAUGGGGAUUAUAUUAUUAAAUAUGGAUCAAAAAACUUUGAAGUUACAAUUGAAGGGUUAUUGAAUUUUUCCGAUUCAUUUUUAAAAGUCAUUCAAAAAUAUGUGGAUUAUGAUGGUUCAAUGAGCGAGACUUUUAAUGGAGUAAAUGGAAAAUUAGAAGGAAUGAAAAAUCUUACCUGGAAUUAUGCUUCAUUUUUGAGUUCAACAAGAUGGAGGUUGAAGGUGAUUAAAUUAAUCAAAAAAUAUAAUGAGGAAGAAAGCAGAAUUUCAUGAAUCAAAAUCAAAAUUUUUAAUUUUAAAAACGGAAAAGGAAAAAACAAACAACACCUUCUCCCCUAAUAUUUAUAAAUUAUAUAGCAAAAAUUGAAUUACAAAACAAAUAAAAAAACAACCCCAUUAAAUUUUUAAUACACUUAUUUAUUUGGAAACUAGUUUUGAUUUGAUCUUAAUUGAAGUCUCCAAUCCACAAAUUCUUUAGUUAAAAUUUCAUAAUUGUUGAUU